GAACAACAUGGCGUCAACAAGCCGCGGAGAUGUCCUGUCCCUUCCAAGAGUUCAAUGUCCCAACCACCCUGAUACCAUACUGGUGGAGGACUACAGAGCAGGGGACAUGAUCUGCCCUGAAUGUGGCCUUGUAGUGGGUGACCGUGUUAUCGACGUAGGCUCUGAGUGGAGGACGUUCUCUAAUGAGAAAGCACUCAAGGAUCCCUCCAGAGUGGGAGACGCCCAGAACCCACUGCUCAAUGGGGGCGACCUAACCACCAUGAUCAGCAAGGGAACUGGCGCAGCUAGUUUUGAUGAAUUCGGUAACUCCAAGUAUCAGAACCGGCGGACCAUGAGCAGCUCUGACCGGGCCAUGCUUAACGCCUUUAAAGAAAUCAGCACCAUGGCAGAUCGCAUCAACCUCCCAAGGAACAUCAUCGACAGAACAAACAACUUAUUCAAGCAGGUUUAUGAACAAAAGAGCCUGAAGGGCCGAGCCAAUGACGCCAUAGCCUCGGCCUGUCUCUACAUCGCCUGCAGACAAGAAGGUGUACCAAGAACAUUUAAAGAAAUCUGUGCCGUCUCUCGGAUCUCCAAGAAGGAGAUCGGCAGGUGCUUCAAGCUGAUCUUGAAAGCGCUGGAGACCAGCGUGGACCUCAUCACCACCGGAGACUUCAUGUCUCGGUUCUGCUCAAACCUGGGCUUGCCCAAACAGGUGCAGAUGGCGGCCACCUUCAUUGCCAGGAAGGCUGUGGAGCUCGACCUGGUUCCCGGCAGGAGCCCCAUCUCAGUGGCUGCAGCGGCCAUCUACAUGGCUUCCCAGGCCUCGGCAGAGAAGAAGACCCAAAAGGAAAUCGGGGAUAUUGCAGGUGUUGCAGAUGUUACGAUCAGACAGUCCUACCGUCUCAUCUACCCACGCGCCGCAGAACUCUUUCCCCCAGACUUCAAAUUCGACACACCUGUCGACAAGCUGCCCCAACUGUGAAGACAAAGCUCCGGUGACGCCAUUUUUCUGCUGUACUUACAGGAUUCUAUUCUUUGUUUGGAAGGUUUUCCUUGUCCCUUGUAGGACCUCUUGCCUUUGUCGAGGCGUCAUCACAGGAAUAAAAUGGACACAUUCAGCUUGCAGACUGUACUUGCAGUAUUUCAUUUGAGUGUAUAUACUGUAUCAUGUAUAUAUGUCCAAGUUGGAAAAUGUAACUGAUGCUUGCAAUUUUAGACUGGUUUCAUACUGUAUACAUAACUUUUGUUUUUGUAGAAAAAUGACCUGCUAUUUUGUUCGAAGUAAUUUAAAAAAAAUAAAAAUUCAUUCAAGCAUG